CGCAAUGUGAGUCGCCGUUUUCCCGCCCGCCGCGAUACUGCAGGGCGCUGUUUAAAGGAUGAAAGGCAGCAAGGAGCUGUUCUUGGUGAAAUUCGUAAAAUCUUCUGGGAGCUCGGAGUAUUUCUUGAAAGCUUUGGAGUCUAUAAAAGAAUUUCAGUCUGAAGAACAUCUCCAGAUUCUUGAAGAAGAAGCAGCACUCAAUAUAAAAGAAAAUGAUAAAUCCCUUUACAUUUGUGAUCCUUUCACUGGUGUUGUUUUUAAUCAUCUCCAAAAGCUUGGUUGUAGAAUUGUUGGACCACAGGUAGUCCUGUAUUGCAUGCAAUCCCAGAGAUGUGUCCCAAGAGCUGAGUAUCCUGUGUAUAACAUGACCAUGGCUGACGUAACGAUAUCCUGUACCACCCUAGAUAAAGAUGUUCGGGAAGAAGUUCAUAAAUAUGUACAAAUGAUGGGUGGACGUGUGUACAGAGACCUCAAUAUGUCAGUAACUCAUCUUAUAGCAGGAGAAGUUGGCAGCAAGAAAUACUUAGUAGCUGCUUCUCUGAAAAAACCUAUUUUGCUUCCUUCUUGGGUUAAGACACUAUGGGAUAAAUCUCAGCAAAGCAUGAUGAGAUAUACUGAUGUUAACAUGGAAGACUACACUUGUCCUGUGUUUCUUGGCUGUACGAUUUGUGUAACUGGCUUAAGUAGUUCAGACAGGAAAGAAGUCCAGCGCCUCACGGCUGAACAUGGUGGGCAGUAUUCAGGGCAACUCAAGAUGAAUGAAUGUACUCACCUCAUAGUUCAAGAGCCAAAAGGUCAGAAGUAUGAAUGUGCCAAAAAAUGGAACGUCCACUGUGUGCCUGUGCAGUGGUUUUCUGACAGCAUUGAGAAGGGCUUCUGUCAAGAUGAGACAAUGUAUAAAAUAGAGACUGGAUCAAAACUAAGCAGUACACCCAGUACCUCCACACCCACCAGUCAUGCCAGCAAGCUUGACACUCAUUCCCUUUCGGACGUCAGCUGCAUUUCCAAUGUAAAUUUGAGUAGAGUUAAUGAAACUGCCUGUAGUUCUGCAACGAGCAGCAGACUGGAUCCUCCUCCUGAUGAGUUGGAGAACUUGGACAUAAGCACUUUUCAAGCUCCUGAAGAUUUAUUAGAUGGCUGUCGAGUCUAUCUGUGUGGCUUCAGUGGUAGGAAGCUGGACAAGAUGAGAAGGCUUAUUAACUGCGGUGGUGGUGUUCGAUUUAAUCAGCUUAAUGAGGAUGUUACCCACAUCAUUCUGGGGGAAGACGGUGGCGAGCUGAAACACUUUUUGGACAAGACGCUUCACAGGCCUCAUAUAGUGACAGCAAAGUGGUUACUGGAGUCGUUCAGUAAAGGCUAUCUCUGUCCAGUGGAGCAAUAUAUCCCUCAAAACUACCAGCUGUUAGUGAAUACAGUUUUGGAACAACCUGAUGCAAAGUUAGUUCUUCCCAAAAACAACAGCAUCUUGAAGAAGAAAGCUGUGAAUGUUGUAAAGUUCCAGCAAGCUGCAGAAGACGACUUCCUCUCUCAGUAUGUCAGUAAUGAUUCUACAUUAGUUGAAGCUGAGAAACUAGCAUGUGGUAGCUUCAAUGAUGUUACUCAUGUGACUGUUCAAGAAGAAAAUCAGUCUUCUGUCUGUAAUGGUUCUUUGGGAGAGCCUUCUGCACUGGAUGAAGGAGGUGUAUUUGCCAGGAAGAGAUUUCUUCUUUUGGGUUUUGGAGAAGAAGAUGAGUCCUGCAUUGCAGAUCUGAUUAAGGAGCAUGCUGGGAAAACUGUGCCGCUGCAAAGCAGAAUCAUUGCAGACUAUGCUGUGGUACCUUUAUUGGGGUGCUCUGUGAAGCCAACUGUUGGUGAUGUUGUCACGAAUAUAUGGCUGGUAACGUGUGUGGAACAGCAGCUCCUCUUAGAUCCCCAAUCCAAUCCACUUUUCACACCAGUCCCAGUAAUGGAAGGAGUUACUCCUUUGGUGGACUGCGUUCUUUCUUUUAGCCAAUUUACUGGUGCAGAGAGAGACUCACUGGUUUAUCUGGCAGGACUUCUAGGAGCAAGAGUCCAAGAAUUCUUCGUGAGAAAAGCCAAUGCAAAAAAGGGAAUGUUUGCAAGUACCCAUCUUGUGGCGAAAGAGCCGGAUGGUUCCAAGUAUGAGGCUGCAAAGAAGUGGAAUUUGCCUGCAGUCACUGUAGCUUGGCUUUUGCAGUCUGCAAGGACAGGAAAGAGAGCAGACGAAAGCAAGUUUUUGGUUGAACAUGCAGAUGCUGAAGAUGAGAGUUCCAUUACUAAGCUUAGCAAGACACCUCCAACUACUAAAUUUCCUGAUUCUCCAGAACGACCUGCUUAUCUCCACAAAGCUGGAAAAAAGCCAGCCGUCACCCCUCUUGAUAUCAACAGGUUUCAGAGUAAAGCUUUCCAAGCUGUCAUCUCUCAUCAUGUUGGGAAAACAGCAACUCCUCCUGCAGCAGGAGGGCUGCUACAAAAAGAACCAUCUUUACACCUUGAUACACCAUCAAAAUUUCUUUCUAAAGACAAGUUAUUCAAGCCUUCUUUUGAUGUAAAGGAUGCUCUGGCAGUUUUGGAUACUCCAGGAGGUCUUGGUCAAAGGAACAGGAAGCUGAGCACCCCUCUUUCUGAAGUCAUUGGCAGAAACCUGAAAUUGGCACUGGCAAACAGCACUCGGAAUACAGAAGCUCUUACUGCCAGCCCUCAGCUGAAGGCUGCACAGCCAGAAGUGGAAGAAGAGCUCAAGCCUCUAGCUGGUGUUGUCAUAUGUGUUAGUAAAAAACUUAGUAAGAAGCAAAGUGAACUGAAUGCUAUAGCAGCUUCUCUUGGUGCAGACUACAGAUGGUGUUUUGAUGAAACAGUAACGCACUUCAUCUACAAGGGAGGGCAAAACGACAACAACAAGGAAUACAGAUCAGUUAAAGAACGAGGAAUACAUAUUGUUUCAGAACACUGGCUUUUAGAGUGUGCCCAAGAAUAUAAACGGCUUCCUGAAUCUCUCUUUCCUCACACUUACAAUCCCAAAAUGAGCCUGGACAUCAGUGCGGUGCAAGAUUUCAGGCCUUCCUCUUCCAGUAAGCUUCCACCCACUGGAAAACCAGCAGAAGAAAGUGAGGUUAUUCUAGUGGAUGAAGAUGAUGCUGAAGAUGAUUUAACUACUGACCAAAUAAAGGAAACAGUUGGCACAGGAGGAGAGCACGUUGGAAUAAGUGAAUCCAGGGGAGUUUUAACCCAGGCGCUGGAAAUGAGGGAGAGCUUCCAGAGGCAGCUGCAGGAGAUCAUGUCUGCCACAUCAAUAGUGAAACCACAAGGACAAAGAGGAUCCCUUUCAAGGAACAGUUUUGACAGUUCUCCAGCCACUCCUGAUAGCGCACGGUCUGUGCGAAACGGCCGCAGCAGGGCCUUGGAAGCUCUAAGGCAAUCUCGUCAGGCUCUCACAGAUAUCAACACGGAGCCAUCCCAGAGUGAGCAGAUCAUCUGGGAUGAUCCUACAGCAAGGGAGGAGAGAGCGAGACUUGUCAGCAACUUUCAGUGGCCUAACAGUCCUUCCCAGUACACAGAGCAAGCUCAGAGUAACGUUAAUAGGAACACGGAUGAGUCUACCUUCAAAGGGUCCAUACCUGACGCAGAGAUUGCUGGUAUAGCUGUUCCUGAGGCUGGAGAUGGAGAUACGAUUGAAGAUCUGAAGAAUCCUGUAUGUAGAGAUCCUGAAACACCCGUUAAAGAUCACUUGAUCCCCACCCCGCAGGCUCCCAGCAUUGCAUUCCCACUGGCUAACCCUCCUGUGGCACCACAGCCCAAAGAAAAGGCUGUUACAGAAGAUGAGAAGGUAGAUGAAGAACCAGAAAAAUGCCGUAAAUUUCAGCUGUCUUCUCUUAAUCCUCAAGAAAGAUUUGACUAUUGCCAUCUGAUUGAGGAAUUAGGCGGAAUAGUACUUGAGAAACAGUGCUUUGAUCCAAGUUGCACACACAUCGUUGUGGGACAUCCUCUUCGAAAUGAGAAAUUCCUGGCCUCGAUGGCAGCUGGAAAAUGGGUGCUUCAUCGUUCCUACCUGGAGGCAUGUAGAGGAGCUGGCUGCUUUGUUCAGGAAGAAGAUUAUGAGUGGGGAAGUGAUUCCAUACUUAAUGUUUUGCCUGGGAUCAAUGUAAACCAGAAGAAGCUAGCGCUUGCAGCCAUGAGGUGGAGGAAAAAAAUUCACAAAGGAAGGCAAGAAACUGGAAUUACUGAGGGAGCGUUCAGUGGCUGGAAAGUGAUCCUGAAUGUUGACCACACCAAGGAAGCAGGAUUCCGACGCCUUCUUCAGUCAGGAGGAGCAAAAGUGUUCUCUGGUCAUUCUGUGUCUUUCUUCAAAGAAGCGACUCAUCUCUUUGCUGACUUCAGUAAGCUGAAGCCAGAUGACACCAGGGUGAACGUAGCAGAGGCGGCAGCCCAGGGAGUGAACUGCUUGAAGCCAGAGUACAUUGCAGACUUCCUCAUCCAGGAUCCACCUCCCCCAAUGGAGUCUUACUGCCUGCCGGAAGCUGAGCCUUGCUUCCAGAACAGCAAAGAACUUGGGACUGGAUUAUCCCAGAAAAGGAAAGCACCGGGAGAAAUGAGCAGAGUCAAGCGAUCCAGAAUGCACUGAGAAAGCUCUGUGCUUUUAAGUUGUACAUUUUAUAUAUUCGUAUUUAUAUUUUUUCAACCUCACCACAAAAAUUAAAAGCUUUGAAUCUCACUUCUCAUUUGUCCUGACAUUAAAAUAGGUUUACAGUAAUAGGGAAGAUCUUUUUGGUUACCGAUGCUGUUAACGAUUUGGUUUAGGGACAGCACUGUAUAAUAAAUAAAUACUUUGAGAUGCUCAGCACACUUUAUGUUUGUUUUGGUAGGGAAAACACCACUUGAUGAGAAUGCCAUUGCCAUGGACGGUCAUUCCAGUAGUGGACUUAUAUGUUGAGUAUUUCCUCUUGGUUUUGCCCAAGAGAAAAUACCAAAAGAGAAACUAGAUUUAAAAAAAACAAAACCCCAAAAAAGCUUAUACAUUUUAGUAAUAAAUUAUUCCAUAAAAAACUUUAAGUUUUUGCCAUUCCAAAUAUUAACACAUGUGUUAGUGAAUGCCAAUUGUACCACUGCAUCUCUGUCUUGCUUUGGGGUCACAUACUGAAGAUAACGCUGUUUACUAAUGCCUUAAAUAUCAGUUUGGAAUUAACUUUGCAUUGCACUGGUGAUGUUGCUUUGGGUUUUUAUAUAGGUAAUGGGAAGUAGGAGAGAAGAACAAGGGGCUGUAGGGUAUUUUUGUUGUUGUUGUUUAUUUUUUCUCCUUUGCUCUCAGAAAAUGCUGCUAUGGAAGGGUAGUGCUACUAUUGGCAUUUCACAGGUAAGCUUCAGAGAUGUCCAGGAACCACACAAGUCCUGUGAGUACUGUGACACAAGGGGCUGGACAGAAGGGCAGACUUGGUACAGCAGGCUUCUGAGUGUGAGCAGCUCUCCAGGUAUUUCUUCAGCACUCUUCUGAAGAUUUGUACAGCUGCAGACAGUGCCCAAGUGGACACUUGCAAUGCAAGAGCCUGGGCUGUCACAUAGGCAGGGCACAAGUGAAGCAAAGAGGACAGCAAGAAAAUUUCUGUCCCAGGUCUUGAACACCACAGUGACAGCGUGUUGCUGUCAGAUCACAAGUGCCUGCUGUCAUUGUUUGGAGUCACUGGACAGAUGAACACAAACAGACAAACCUGGAGGUAUAAUUCAGUUGCUUGCUGUUAAGAUAAAUUUAUUUUCUUCAGCUUUCUUUACAGGAAACAUCACAAAAGUGCUUUACAGAGUUUGAUACCAUUACUCUAACAUGGGACAAAAGUAGAACAGAGGUGUGAACUGCACAGUCAGAAGUUGGCAUAUGCAGAAACCAUGAGAGGGAAACCAAGGUAAAAAAGAACUACUGCCAAAAAUAUAUAUAUACAUAGCUUAGGUUUUGAACUUAAAUUAUUACUAUAAGGACAUAUAAAUAUACAGGCACCAGUAGGUUCCUGUGUUAACUGUGAAGGGCCGCAUAGUGAUCACCUUCUAUCCGCUGUGCUGGAUGGGCUCCUGGCCAUCCCUUUUUCCAGCCAGACGGUAUCCUCCUUUCUUUUGUACUGCUGUAAGAACUCAAAGGGCUUUAUCUUUGUUACUUCAGGUUGGCUCUAGUGCUGAGGCAUUCCUGUACAUUGCUGAAAGUAAAUUCAGUUUCAUAUUUUCAUUUAUAGAGAUGACCUCUUUGCCGUUCUUUGCUGUGUCGUCUUGUUAUUGAACCAAACCAAACCCCCCCUCUAGGCUGGACCAUGCUCCUACUGCCCAGGCAAGGCAGUUGUGCUUGAACUGACAAGUUACCAGUCACACAACUUCAUUCCUUCUUAUAGCUCAUCUGUUUUACUGUAACCAGUGCUACUCCUUUCAUUUUGCUGCAUUAUGUUGGAAUGAGCUGUCAUGGAGCCUUUGAGGAUCUAGACAUCAAUUCUUCAGCACUCAAGAAUGUUGUAUUUAUUUACUAAACAUUUUGCAGCAGCAGUUGAGCUGUGUACGUGGUGUUAGAGCCUAGAUUGGUGAUGUACAGCAUGAUCCUGACUCAUGGAUUCUUGCUUACGGAACUGCUCUCUCAGUAAAUGCUCAGUGAGGUACCUGGCUCAAGGUCCUUGGUAGGGUAAUAAUACAGCUGAACAAAAGAAGGGGAUAUCAUAGUGAGGAAAGAGUGGCGUUGUGGUUUGAGCUGCAGGAAAGCAAAUCUCUAAAAAAAAAGCCAUGCCAACUUACAAAGCCAGUUUGCCUUCUACCUAAAUUCCCAGACUAAAGAUGCAGUGCAACCAGCAAGAGCUCGUCAGCCCUGAGGGGUACAGAGUGGUUAAGUAACUCAAGAGGCAUAGGGCCAACGCGGGGAUCCAUGCAGUGGCAGCAGCAUAGCUGCUCCACCUCUGCUUUCAAAUUGGGAUGGGAGAAAAACUUCACCUCCACCCUACAGACUUGAUACAGUCCCCAGCAGCCACUACUGUAAGCACUAUAGGUAGAACACCUAAAUAAGGUAUCAUCCUGUGAACCACAGAUCAUUGUUAAUAGCAGAAAGCAGCUGUUUUGUAUGACAAAUAAUAUAAUAUCUAUAAUUAUAUAAUAUAUAAUAUUCCAAUACUGAGAGAGUACAGCUCCUAAGAGGCAAGCAUACAUCCAAACAGUCUGAGUCUUCUUCCAUCAUACUACCUCCACUCUAUUCCUAACUAACUGUCGCAUUCCUGGUAAAUGCAAUUAGUACUUAAAGGCUGAGCCUUACUUAUAGUUGUAUGACCUUUAACCUACAAGAUGAGAACAUAAAGAGAUGAAACAAGCCACAACGACUAAGCCUGCCCCUGUGUUGCUGCACUACCUUUAUGUCAAACAUCUAAUUUCAGUGUCCAGUUAAGUACUGCACUGGUUGCAUUACAGCAAGCAUGCCUGAGCACUCGCUGGUCAAAGCAAGGAAUGAAUAUGCUUGCUUCAUCUCUGCCAUGAACAAAGGAAAGAGUAACACAGAAAUUUAAGUUUGCCACAGGCUUUGUUCUCUUGUGCUGGGUUCUGGCUGCUGGGAGAUCUCAAAUCAAGUUUUAAUGAAACAGCGCAAGCGACAGGGAUAUGGAGCAACUCUACUGAAACCCAUAAAUUUAUGCUCCUGGAGAUCAGAUUAACAUACAUUUUACCUGCUAAGCAAUGUCUUUGCUCUCAUUUAUCAGCCGUAUUUAUGGUUCGAAUCAUUUUGUUAUUGUACAUAUUCUGAAAGAUACAGAACCAAUGGUUUGUUUAAAUUAAAAGAAAAUGCAACAACAUUUUAACUAAUGCUCCUCUGCAAGCACAAUAUUUGAAAGAAAGCAGUUACAGCUUGAUGACUUCAGUGCUGUAACAACUGAGCUAGAAGGAAAAUGUCUUUAUAGAAGGUAGACAAGAAAAGGUCAGAUUGAGUAAAAGACAGGAGCAAGUCAUGCUUGUCACUGAUAAGAACAGUGAAUUACAUACAUGACACCGAAGACUUCUGUAUAUAUGAUGGCGAAAUCCAAUGCCUAUAGAAAAUUAAUAGGUUUGCCAGCAUUAGGGAAAGUGGUGAUUGCCAGGAUAAGCUAACUUGUAAACCUGGCAAAGAGCAGAAAGUAAAGGUCAACAGAAAAAACAAAAGGCAGUGAGUAGUGGAAAGGCUUUAAACCACUCAUACAUGCUCUGGUGGGUUCUGAAUUAGUUGUGAUCUUCCAAGGGGACGAUCUAGGCAUCACCAUGGCAGCUCAAUGAAGACAUCUACUCAGUGUGCAGUCAAGAAAGCGAACAGAACAGUAUGGAAAAAUAUUACAGCGUAAAUUUCAGCUGGGAGAGGCAGUAAGAACAAGGCAGCUUAUUUGUAAAGGGAAAGAAUAGAUGAUGAACGUCUUAGAAUUCUCCUACCUACCAUGUAAUAGAACAUUCCUCAAGGCCACUUUAAGCCUGUUACCAGUCUGUUGACCUCACUGCUGCAUGAAAAAUGCCACUCAUCACCCUAAGUACAUAAAAAAAUCCUCCUAUGUUUUGCUUUAACAUUCAUCAUUCACCUAGUAGAACAUUCCCCCCAAAGGAAAUGCAGUAGUCUGUUGAAAUCUAAUAGUAAUCACUUCUGACACAGAAUCCUCACUGCUGAUACACAUUAACAACUGUCUUAGAGCUGCCAUAACGAUAAAACAUCAGUAAGAGAAAUAGCUGCUAGGCCUCAUCUCUCUGUCCAGUCCCACCAGAGGUCUGAUUUGUCAGCACGCAUGCCACCAUUGUGUUCUCUACUGCUAUUUGGAGCCCUGCUGUAAAAGCUGAGCAAUGAACCUCGAAAUCACCAGCAAGCAAAGGCAUAUUCAUAACAACUAUUUCUUCAUGCUCCUCCCACUGCACUUAACUGCUAGAACAGCAGAAAUAGUAAAUAGAGCAAGCGUCUCGUCUGCAUCUGUAUUCCUCUCCCUAGCUCUUCCUCUGCUUACUCCCAGUUCUGAACCAUGUCACCCUGCAUCCUGACACAGCUACAUGCCUUCAUGAGUGAACAGCUCUAGUUUCUAGCAAUUUGAGCAAGCCUUAGAACAGCCACAUGACAAGAGACGGCUCUGAGCAGAACUUUAUUUCAGCCACGGGGUUUACAAAAUACAGCAAUACUGAUUUUGAUGUAUUCCAUGUAAAAACUGAAAGCCUUAUAUUAAGACACCAUUUGGGUUUCACAGUUAACCAGAGAGGAAAUGCCUGUUAGGGCAAGGUUCAGGCUGAGCACUAUGACCAUGCUUAUUAAAAUAACCAUCUAAUUAUGUAAUACUUGACUAGAGCACGGGUUACGUUCUGUAAAAAUAAGUUCUCUCCAGAGUAGCAUGAAAUACUAUCAUGAAAGCUAAUGUAAGGAUGUUUUAUAACGAUUUUCUGUCCUUCCGCAGCACCAGAACUUCCUCUAAGAACACCUCCGGCCUCACAGCACCCUUGUAAGGUAUUUUUUGCACAGCUGGGGAAGCUGAGGCAAAGUGAAACCAAGUUACUCCAAGUUAACACAGCAACUCAGAGGGAAACUAAGGCCAAACCCCACUCUCUUGGCCCUGCAUGCUGGCUUCAGAACAUUUGCUUCUUUCCACUGCAUAAGGUUGUAUGAUGAUGAUGACACAUUUCCAUUCCUGCUUUUGAGAUGCACUUUUUCUGCUGAUUUAUUAAUACUGUGGUGCAUUUUUAAUACUUAUAUGAAAGCUUGCUUCCUAAUAAGACCACUGUACUAUCUUGGAAUUUGUCCUUCCCUGGUUCCCUUUCUAGGUAAGCGAUUACACACAGCCUCAUACCAAGGCUGAACUCCACCCUCUCUCUGGGCAGAAAGAAACAGGACGCCCUCUCGAACUAUUGAACUUGAAAUACUUCUGCUGAGUUACAGGGAUUCAUCACUUCUGAAAGCAGUGCUGAUCUCUGCAGCACUGUCCUUCCUACCCAAGUGCUCACGCUCCGUUCCCUGCCUCCUGCUGUGCAUUCAGUACUGCCACGUAGCAUAAAGCCUCCCUAUUCCUUCUCAUUUCUCUCCUGGUGUUAUACUUAAUUUCCAUCUUCUCUUCUUAUUAUAAGAUUGUUUUCUAUUCUGCUUCCCACAGAAUAUGGUGAAGCUACAUCUGUGCUUUAGAAGCCAAGCUAUAAUACAUGAAAAUUACCUUAACCCAAACCAGUUCUGUUGUCUUCUGUCUUUUCCCAUCUGCUACAGCUUGCAGCUUCUUAUGUUAUAGCCAGACUAAAAUGACUUUUUGGUUUUUCCUGAAUAAUGUACUGGCAAACACGUCUGAUUUUCUGCUCCCUUUUACACACUUGCUUUCUGAAUCCAAAAACCACAUGCAAGUCUAACACUGCUUGAGCAGAGUUAAAUAUAUUUAUUGCAAAAGCAAACUCCAUGAUGUGAAGUCCUAUCGAUUUUGUAUCAUCUCCCUGACCUAAACUGUAUACAAACCUUUGCCUUGUUGUGGUGAAAAUCAACAGAUAAUCAAACACCAAAAAAACAACCCUCAGCCCCUGUAACAUCAGAUUUCUAACACAGUUUGUGCUUUUAGUAAUUCAGCUAUUCCUAAGCUUAAGAGUAACCUUGGACGUGACUGCUACAGCUAACUGCAAAGACAGAACUGAGGCAGCAGGAGAGAGCCACUUCUCAGCAGUUCCCUUUACCUGUGGGUAAGAUAAAGCACAACUGAACCAGUGAGGGGCAAAGCAGGGGCAACAACAAAACUGAUCUUCUCCUCCAUUUCUCAUUAGCUCAAGCAUGUACAUAUGCCAGACCCCUGCAACAGGCACUUGGGAAAUCCAACUUUUUGUUUUAAGUAGCAAAAGCUAGGCAAUCUAAGCACUGCACCACCAAGAACCACAGAUGUGAACUGCUCCUUUCCCAAUAAGUAACACACAUAUGCAUGUUCUCCUACCAAACUACGAAUUUUAUGGCCUUAAUAAGUUACAAAGGUGGCUUAAAGAAAAAAAUAACAACAAAAAGUAACAUCAAACAUUCAAAAUGGACAUUAAUAAUCCACUACUAAAGCAUGUUACAUGUUAUGAAGUUCCUGUAGCACUACACAACAACACUUUACCAACUGGUAUCAAGCAGCUCACAUUCACAACUGACAAUCCUUCAUUUGGAGCAGAAGCCUUCUAGAAGCACUCUGAAGGAAUGAAGCUGGCAUUUUUUGCAUGCCUCCAAUGAAUGCAUCAACAAAGCAGAAAGUGGGGUUUCCUCAGUCUCAAAAGCACACUGUGCUUCUAGAGUACUGACUUUCAAAGCGUUAGGAAUGCAGAAGAGCUAACUGUUACAAGGAAGAUACUGACAAUUGGUAUUUUGAUAGUUGCUAGCAAUGGUAUUUAACACAAGAAACACUAAAGGAGCCUAACAUUCUGUACUGCAGAAGUCUGCUGCGAUUUUUUUUCCUUCUUCCCUUUUUAUGCCUCCAGAGGGAAUCUGGAAUGAUACGCUUAGGAAAAGAGCCCCGAAAUAGUUCUCAGUAGCAGAUGGACUCCUGUGAGGCUGCUAAACAGUAGAAAAACGAGGCUUUUCAUUCCUUAGCUUAGCAAAGCCAGCUUAAGUGAAAAGCACAAAGCAUCAUUCACAUUCAAUCCAGUCUCAAAACGGCACUAUGCAGUGGCAAUCAGAAGACACUAUGACAGGUGGCCAACUAAGCUGCUGUGUUAGGAUUCACCUUGAUGUGCACUGCUGUAAGCUGCUGGACAUGGUCCACCUGAGCAGAACGCUGACUACCCACUGCAUGGUUUGACCCUUACGAGAUCCAAAUGCAACACGCUUGCUCAGCUAUCGCAGGGGUUAUGCUAGGGUAAGCUACAACUGAAGGUAAAGAUUCAUUACACUCCAGAAUCCAUGUAUAUUUCCAUUUUAUUUCAUUUUAAGCUGUUACAGGGUUUUCUUAAACUGCCAGAGGUCAUGCCCAAAAACUCAAAGAUGGUACAAUGGACAGUCUCAUCUACCCUUCGUACAGUAGAUUAGAACUUGAUUCAUGUGCAUUGGCGACUUCAAUCGCUUUAGAGAAUCAGGAAAAAUGUUUUAGGAUUUCACAUUUCUACCACAUCAACUGACGUGCCCAUUUACCAUGAAUUCCACAGAAACCUUGAGUGACACAUCAACAGUUUUGCCGGCAACAAAGUAUUUUCAAGGAAGAUACAUGGCUAAGAGCUCAAGGUAUUGGUACCAGUCUUUCAGCCGGGUGGUUUCCCAGGUCUCUGACUGAAGAGAGUCUCUUGAGCCCUCUCUUUAAUAGCAGCUUCUAGCAGAAAUUUUAAAGACUUAACUUUGCAAGAGCAAAGCCAGUUUUAGUCUGUGCGCAGAAGAACCAGGUGAAACCCUGCCACAAAGUCAACAGCAAAAUUCCCAUUGGCCUCAGAGAAGUAAUUUAAAGCAAGUCAGCAGUUAGACAAAAGGAACCCAACUACGCAAAAUUCCCACGCUAUCAUCAUCCUCUGCAGAUGCACAGUACUCCCACGCAAGCAAGCAAGUUUUGGUUUGUUCCCUUGUUUCUCUUGCCAUUGGCAACUCUUAGAGAUGUUGGGUCUUUUUUUUUUUUUAUUUUUUUAAUUUUUUGGCAUUUACUCUGAGAAACAUCAACACUGGAGCAUGCCACUACUUCAUUUUCCUUCUGGCAUAAGAGAAAAAGUUACAGCAGAACACUUUUGGUACACGUCAGGUUUUGCUGACUGAACCAGUUAUGGGCAAUGUCCUGCACUCUUAGUGUAUCAGUGCCGUUUUGCCUACCUUCACUAAAUUAAUUCAGAAAUGACAACGACUUAAAGAAGUCACUGCCUUCUGUUCUUACCCAACAUUCUGACUUUAUUAAAUACCAUUUAUGAGUUUCAGUUUGAGGAUUUCUGCCUCAAAAAGCCUGCAGGCUUCACCAAACUAGUCAAGCAAAUAAGGCUUAUCAAGCAUAAGUCAUCCCUCUGUACAAGUUAUUUGGUUAUUAAGUAACCACUGCCCUUUAACAGACAAAUACCCAUUCUCAACAAAUCUGGUAUUACUAUUGCCAUGUAUCUCACAUUUUCUUUAAGAUGACAAAUCCGAAAGACUGCAGUUGGAGUCUGGAUACCUCUGUGUCAAAUCAAAACCCUUAGUGCCUUAGGGUGAGAAAAACAAACUUCAUGAUAAAAAACAAAACAAAAUAAA